UUUUCCAUAAAAAUAUGCAGGGGUGCACACCUACUAUAUAAGGUUCAGAUUGGAGAGUUCUCACAUACAGCAGCUUGCCUCUGACAAUGGCUUCUCUCCACGUGUUUCUUUGUCUGCUGGGACUGGUUGUCCUGUGUCACUCUCAGUGCACCUUCGAAGAGUUAGUGAUUAAAGAUUUGAAUAACCCUCCAAACGGGUGUGUGGAUAAGGAUGGAAAGCUGCAUGAUUUUGGCUCUGAGUGGGUGAGAGACUGCGUGGAAUGCUCUUGUACAAAGGAGGGCUUGAGCUGCUGUACUAAGAUCCCUGAUGAAGGCGAGGUGCCCGAAGUCCCCGAGGAGUGCGAGCUGGUUGUAAACAAGGCGACCUGCUCUACUAAAGUGGUCCUGAAGUCGGACAAGACAAAAGAGUGUAUACUUAAUUGAACACACUACCAAGUCACCCCUACACAUCAGGGACAACUGAAGUCUUUCUUCAUGGAUUACAUUUUAUCAAAAAAGAUUGCAGUAAAUUACCAAUAAUCAAAUAUUAAUCAAGACUCCUUAGUCUUGUCUAACAUAAAUGUUUUAAAUGUCUCUGAUAAUAAAAACCUGCUCCAACUCUG